AUGGCAGUGGAGAGCGAGGGCAGGCAACCGGCAAAGACACUGUGGUACGACCGCCCACGGUACGUCUACCUGGAGUUCUGUGUCGAGGACAGCACAGAUGUUAAGGUCAUCAUUGAGGACCAGCGGUUGGUGUUCAGUUGCAAAAAUGCAGAUGGUGUGGAGUUCUACAACGAGAUCAACCUGUAUGCCAGGGUCAACUCCAAGGACUCACGGGAGAAGCGCUCCGACCGCUCCAUCACAUGUUUUAUGCGGAAGUGGAAGGAGAAAGUGGCCUGGCCCCGUAUCACCAAGGAGAACAUCAAGCCAGCCUGGCUCUCCGUGGACUUUGACAACUGGCGAGACUGGGAAGGGGACGAGGAGGUGGAGAGGGCCAUGGUGGAGCAGUAUGCAGAGCUCCUGGAGAAGGUGACGGACAAAGGUCCCCCCCCGGCCAUGGACGACCUGGAUGACGACCUCUGAAGCCCAGGCCCCCGGGGACGCCGCGGCCGCAGAAGGCUUCCCGGUGCGCCGGCAGCACGCGCCGACGAG